AAUCAAUUUUGUUAUGCCUCGAUUAAUUUAUGGUUACUGAUGUUGCUGAUGCAUUGAUACUAAACCGUUUAUUUAGACAAUUAUUCAGCAACGGCAUGAUUCUUGUUUCUACUUCAAAUCGUGCCCCAGAUAAUCUUUAUGAAGGUGGACUACAGAGAGAUCUUUUUCUACCAUUCAUUGCCACUUUGAAGGAAAGAUGUGUCGCUCAUCAAAUUGGUUCGUCAAUAGACUAUCGGAAAAUGACUUCG